GAUCUCAAAUCGAAACGGGAGCGAAACGAACCAUUAUGUGAAAGUGAACGCAGUACUGUACAUAUGAAUACUCCAACCGAGGAAUAUGAUCCUCCGUUUUUUGUCGAAAUACGCUGCAAAAACAUUGCUGAUUACGAGCGACAAGAAGGGCGUAUGCCACUCAGGCCACAGGUAAUAACACAUUUUAUAGGCUCACUGGAUUAG